UCAGCCCUCCAAAUAAUUAAUUAAAGACAAGAUACAAAAGUUAUUUUUAAUACAGUCUCGACUCAAGAAAACGCUACACCAACUCCAUCUAUAAAAUAUGAGACGCCAAAGCCUAAUUUCACCUAUCCAAUCAAACAAACUAACCUCACGUAAUGGAGCACCAGCACAAAGAAGCAACGAUUCCUCAUGUUCUCAUCUUCCCUCUUCCAAUACAAGGUCCAAUUAAUUGUAAGCUGCAGCUGGCCGAGCUCUUCUGUCUUUCAGGUCUGAAGGUCACCUUCCUCAACACCAUCCACAACCAAGAACGCCUCCUCCGCCACACCAAUGUCCAAUCUCGUUUCGAGAAAUAUCCCGGUUUUCGAUUCCUCACAAUACCUGACGGCCUUCCCGACGAACACCCGCGCUCGUUCGAACAAUUCGGGGACAUUAUCAGCUCCGUGCAGACCGUGGCGGAGCCUUUUCUUAGAGAAAUGCUUAGAAGUGGAGCCAAAGAACUGGUAACAUGUGUUGUACCAGAUGCCCUGUCUUAUUAUGUGGCUGAUAUUGGAAAUGAAAUGGGAGUUCCAGUUAUUCCCUUUGACACCCUUAGCCCGUCCUGUGUUUGGGUUUACAUGUGUCUGCCAAAACUCAUCGAAUCUGGCGAGCUUCCCUUCAAAGACAAUGACUUGGAUGCAUCGGUAACACAUAUACCUGCCUUGGAAGGUCUUCUUCGCCGACGAGAUCUUCCACCCUUUUGUCUCAUGGAUUAUAAGACUGAUCCAGAUUUCCUAGCCGCUUUGAAGCAAGUUGAGCGGAUCCCACAAUCCCAUGGUCUCAUAUUGAAUACAUUUGAAGAUUUAGACAGGCCUUUUCUUUCUUGUAUUCACUCUUACUCUCCUAAAACAUAUGCAAUUGGGCCAUUACACUUGCACUUAAAGGCUAAACUUUCUUCAAAAAACGCUCCAUCAUCAAAUAGUUUGUGGGAAGAAGAUCAUAGUUCUAUUAAAUGGCUUGAUGCGCAGCCCAUGGGAUCAGUACUUUAUGUGAGUUUUGGAAGUGUUGUCGUUGUAUCAAAGGAGGAAAUUUUGGAAUUUCAACAUGGCCUACUGAAUAGUAAAGUUAAAUUUUUGUGGGUUAUGAGGCCCAACAUUUUGAAGGGAGGCGAAUCAGACGUCCAAUUUAUGAAGGAACUUGCAGAAGGUUGCAAGGGAAAUGGCUACAUAGUGAGUUGGGCUCCACAAAAGAUGGUACUCGCCCACCCAGCCAUUGCUGGUUUUUUAACACAUAGCGGCUGGAACUCAACAUUGGAGAGUGUCAGUGAAGGAAAGCCCAUGAUAUGCUGGCCACAUUAUGUUGAUCAGAGAGUCAACAGUAGAUUAGUAAAUGAAUUAUGGCAAAUUGGGUUGGACAUGAAGGGCAUAUGUGACAGAUCAACUAUAGAGAGAAUGAUAAAGGAUCUGAUGGAAAUAAAAAGAGACGAGUUAAAGAAAUCAAUUGAGGAAUUAUCAAAGUUGGCAAAACUAAGUGUUGAAGAAGGAGGUUCGUCGUACAAUAACCUCGACUGUCUCAUUGAUGACAUUAAAGAGUUGGCUAGAACUAAAGAAAAUGAAAACAUAAGAAUGUGACAUGCUACUAGACGUGAAAUAUGUUAAUUUGGGCUAAGUUGGUGUGUUCUUUUUUAUUUCUGCUGCCGAAUAUAGUAGGUAUCAGUUUGGCAUGGGGUCCUAAAACUUGUCGUCUUUUUCAUUCUUCUUCUUCCUGCGGCUGUUUGUAUUUUUUUUGGAAACUAUUGCUUUUUCCACGGAGGAGACUUCUUUGUUACUUUCUCUUUUUCCAGGACGUUAUAUAGUCUCCCUCUUCAAACA